AUGCAGCCUCUGUGGAGUGAGGAAAGUCACCUCCGCCUUCCCAUCAGAGAGAGACUGCUAGAGGCGCUGAGCCUGGGCAAAUGCCGCCAAUACUACAUUUCCCAUCAUCCCCGUAACCACACUCAGGAGGAGGGGGUGGGGCAAUGUAUUGAAAAUGUCUCCAGGGCGCGCUCCCCCUCCCUUCCUGGCUCUCUAUGCAGAGCGAGAGAUGAACAGAAGGAGGGGGGAGGGAGCGAGAGUGAUAGCGACCUGCUGUUCUUCUCUUUUGCCUCAGCCUCCUCCUGCCCGCGUCUUUCCUCGUCAUCAGAAGGCGAGAGCGCUCCGUGGACCGGUCAAGGCCGCUCGCGCAGACGAAAGCGCACACACACGCUCUGCAGCAGGCAUGGCCUGAGCUCACACGGCGCCAUGGGCAACCAGGAUGCGAAGCCGAAGCGCUCGGCCCCCGCGGGAGAUGGAGAGAGCGCGCUGGAUGAGUGCAGCCAUGCUGACGCCACAAAGAAAGGAUUUCACACCAAGAAAUCCCACGGCAAGCACGGCAAGGGUGGAGACGGAGGAGGAAAGAAGAAAGGCAAGUCCGAGUCCAAAUCUGUCUUCAACAUCCGCAAGCGGAAAAAUCUAGCCAAGGUUAAGGGCCUGCUCAGCGGUUCACGUGAAGAUGCUCUGGACUCGCAGCAUGACGAGCUGGACACCAAAACACCCGAGCUAUCGGCCGACGAGCUCGGCCAAUCUGACGCCGAGGACCAGAGACCUGUCCUCUCUGAUAAUAACAGCAGGCAGGAGACCCCAGAUGCUCCGGACAAGAAGAUCAGCUCCGGAUCGGAUACGGAUAUUUACAGCUUUCACUCUGCAGCUGAGCACGAGGACCUGCUGGCCGACAUACAGCACGCCAUCAGACUCCAGCAGCAGAGUAAAGAGUGGAAACAAAAUGGCAUCACUGAGACUGAGAAUAAACAACACUGCUACACCAAAUCAGAGCUGUUUACCAUGCUAGAGGUGCCACGCUGUCAGGAGAACGGACUGGAGACGCUCUCGGAACUCGUCGAGAGUGAGCCAGAUGGACAAAGAAAUGCAAAGAAGAAAGAGAAUGGAGAGGGCAAGAAGAACAGCUGGGAGGAGGAGAUUGCCAGCGGAAAGAUCCGCGCUUCCGCCCCGUCUCUUUGUGGGGCCGUCACCGUAGCAACCGGGACAAAGGAGCCGGAGGCUGCGCGUGACCUAGCCCCCUCGGUUGCUGAAGAGAGAGUUGAGGAGACCGUUGGAAGAGUGAGUUCAAUCUCCAAGACGACCAGUGAGGCCAGCAUUCCAGACUUCACAGCUUCGUUCGAGAGUGCAGUGGAGGCCACCGAGGAGGUGGACGAAGAUGACAACGUGGAUAAUCACCUCCAAGACGAAGACUCAAGUUCAGACACCAAACGUCCAGAGGCCGGUGCUUCGUCAUCAUCUCUGGAAAUAGAAUCCGUCGGCGCUGAAAUUUUAACUGCUGAUCUGACAGUAGAGAAUAAGCAGGAAGUCAAAGAGGAAGUGCCAAUAGCGCCGACAAGGAAGAACAGUAUAUCACUCCCACAAUGGCUCCAGCAGGAGAGUCCCGUAGCCACGCGGCACGUGAAGCCCAGUCCCCAAACAGUCGGAAGUCCAGCAGUGAAGCCCUACCCACCAAUCCACCCUUCAUACAUUAAAACCACCACACGCCAGCUUAGCUCACCUGUCCCUUCUCCUGUACCCUCGCCCUCCCACAGUCCACACUGCGCACGCCGUUCCCGUGAUGCUCCUCCCACCGCCCACACCAUCGCUGCAGCCCGGAGGCGCCCCAAAAAACGGCAGCGCUCCUACAGCAUCACCGGACCCAUUAGCCGCUCCGCUGACUGGACAGAAGAGCUCCGUCCACUCCCAUCCAAAACCGGCUCCGAGGACUUCCUCGAGUACGGAGGCUCAGAAGGGACGCUCCGGACAGGAGAGACGACGCAUGAGGCUGGUCGCAGGGCUUCAGCUGGACAAGCCUCUACCUGCGGUUUUCAGGAUGUGUUCACAGGACGCACUCUGUUGGAGAGGUUUUUCCAGCAGCAGGAAAAGUCCGAGUGUGAGGAAGAGGCGGAGAAGCUGUGUUCUCGGAUCCUGGCCAUGGGGCUCCUCCUGCCCUUCGGGGACUGUUUUGGAGAGCAGUUUGGAGGCAGCACCACCCACGUCACCCCACAGUUCAGCCAAGAUCAGCUGUACACGUGGGCACCGGUGAGUCAGCCCCCGCUGUCGCUAGAGCACUUUGAGGGGCGUUUACCCGGUCACAUCACGUCCCUGUGGCAUCAACCUCGACCUGGAACUGAGGACAGACCAGGACUCAAGUACAGUGAAGCAGAACACCAAGCUAUUGUGUUAGGGCUGAAGAAACAGCAGCAAGAGGAAAUCCAGGAGAUUCAGGAAGAGUCUGUGCUGAACACCGUGCGUCUGAAGCAGGAGCACGUGACCGUGAUUCAGCAGCUGGAGCAGACGAUCGAGGACCUACGCAGCAAGAUUGCUGAGCUGGAGAGGCAGCAGCACCCCUUACAGGACCAUGAUGUCACUACGCAGGAGCAGGAGUGCGGAGGGGACGAGAGUUUCUUGCCGGAUAUGUGCCAUGUGGACUUGCAGACGGAGACCUGUGCUCUCCUUGUGUUGGAGGCCAAAUCAGUGCAGACUUCCCCGACAAACGAGAGCUUUACAAUCAAAGUGCCUUCAUCAGAACAGAGCGGCUCCGAGCAGCGUCUGCCCACGCUAAGUGAGCAGCCCGUAGGAGCGGCAGAACCUCAGUCGGCAGUGACCGGUUCUCCUAAAUCAGGACAAUUUGUGUGUGUGUGUCAACAGCAACAAUGGCCCACACCACCACCUCCACCCCCGUUGCCUGGUUUACCGGUCUUGCCGCUUGCCCCACCGUUACCUGGAGUGCCCCCGCCACCUCCUCCACCCCCUCCAUUAUUAGAAUCUAUGAUUCCCCAACCGGAUACGACUCUACCUCCAGCACCACCACCUCCCCCACCACCUCCACCUUUACCGGGUCAAACGUUAUUACAUCCACCACCGCCACCACCUCUACCAGGGUCAGCUCUUCCAACUCCCCCGCCUCCUCCACCUCUGCCUGGCCAAGCUGCAAUGCACCCACCACCCCCUCCACCCUUGCCUGGCGCCGGCGUUCCGCCACCCCCUCCACCCUUGCCUGGCGCCGGCGUUCCGCCACCCCCUCCACCCUUGCCUGGCGCCGGGGGUCCGCCACCCCCUCCACCCUUACCUGGCGCCGGGGGUCCGCCACCACCUCCACCCUUACCUGGCGCCGGGGGUCCGCCACCACCUCCACCCUUACCUGGAGCCGGGGGUCCGCCACCACCUCCACCCUUACCUGGAGCCGGCGCUCCGCCACCUCCUCCACCACCACCACCCCCUCCGGGACUGACUGGCCCUCCAGCUCCCCCAUUCGUCCAUCUCCACAGCAAUUUGGGAUCUCUGCCUCCUCCACUUCCUCUAGGAUUUUUUGCCUUGGCUACAGCCCAGGAGAAGUCUCCUCGAAAAGGACUCGUGGAGCCGCCACACCCCAUGAAGCCUCUCUACUGGACCCGCAUACAGCUCCAUGCCAGAAAAGAAGUGACCCCUCUGGUUUGGGAGAAGAUCGAAGAGCCCUCUGUGGAUUUCCAGGAGUUUGUGGAGCUUUUUUCCAAAACUGCAGUGAAGGAGAAAAAAAAGCCUCUUUCAGACACCAUCACCAGGACCAAGACUAAACAGGUGGUGAAGCUGUUAAACAACAAGCGCUCUCAGGCUGUGGGAAUUCUCAUGUCCAGCCUCCACCUCGACAUGAAGGACAUCCAGCACGCGAUUCUAAACCUGGACAACACCGUGGUGGACCUUGAGACCUUGCAAGCUCUAUAUGAGAACAGAGCGCAGGCAGACGAGGUGGAGAAGAUCGACAAGCACAUUAAAUCAACCAAGGAGAAGGAGGGAGCUAAACCUCUGGACAAACCCGAACAGUUCCUGUUCCAGCUCUCGCAAAUCCCAGAGUUCUCAGCGAGGGUCUUCUGCAUUCUGUUUCAGUCCACGUUUUCCGAAUGCAUUUCCUCAAUCCUGCGCAAACUGGAAAUCUUACAGAGAGUGUGUAAGAUGCUGCAGAGUGGUUCUGGUGUGAUGCGGGUUCUGGGUCUGAUCCUGGCUUUUGGAAACUUCAUGAACGGAGGGAACCGAACCAGAGGACAAGCGGACGGCUUCGCACUGGACAUCCUGCCCAAGCUCAAGGAUGUCAAGAGCAGCGACAACUCAAGAAGUCUUCUGUCUUACAUCGUCUCUUACCACCUGCGACACUUCGAUGAGGACGCUGGCCGGGAGACGUGUGUGUAUCCUCUGCCUGAGCCUCAUGACCUGUUCCAGGCGUCGCAGAUGAAGUUUGAGGAUUUUACUAAAGAUCUCCUGAAGCUCCGAAAGGACCUGCGAGCAUGCACUGCAGAGGUGGAGAAGGUGUGUAACGUCUCCUCUGAAGAGCACCUGCAACCCUUCAAGGACAAAAUGGACGAGUUCCUGAGUCAAGCUAAACAAGAACUGGAGGCCCAGGAAAGCCAGCUAAAAGAAACUCACACAGUGUUCCUGGAAUUGACGGUGUUCUUCUCUGUAAAAGCCAAGAGUGGCGAGAAAGAGGUUUCCCCCCACACCUUCUUCUCUGUUUGGCACGAGUUCUCCACUGAUUUCAAAGACCUCUGGAAGAAAGAGAACAAGCUGAUCUUGCAGGAAAGGUUAAAAGCAGCAGAGGAAUGUUUUAGACAAGCCAAGGAAAAAGCCACAUACAGUGUCAAACCCAAGCACGCCUCUGGAAUCAAAGCGAAGCUGGGCAUGAAGAUUUAACAAGCUGGACAUUUUAAUUCUAAAACCCAAAAUAAAAAUCCUUUUCAGAUCAGCCUUGAGGUGUAGAGUGCAUGGACUGCAUUACAUUGCCUAUCUUCUGUAUUAAAAAUGCAUACCUUUUUAUGUGUCACAUACAAAUACACACAGUUUGUAAGUAAUGUAGCAGCCCUCAAAACCUUCAUCUGCAAAAUUGAAUCCAGGAAGUGUGUGUCAUGUGACGUCACGCCCUUACCGUCCGUGUGCUCAUGGGUGAAUUGCUGUGGAUGUAAAUUGGAUGGUACUAUGUUAGGAGGAAAAAGAAUUACGUGCUACCUGUUAUGAAGAUAUGACGAAGAAAAGAAAGUAGGGAAUGUGUGUAGUUUUUUUUUUUUGUUGUUGUUUUUUCUCUCCUCGGCUUGUUUAAACUGCAGUAGUUUCUCUCAUCCGGUCCUGCAUUGCUGUGGUUCACCAGCGGUAUAACAAUGCAAAAUGUUAAGUUUUUGAAUUUAGGCCAGUUUCUCCGACUGCCUUUAUUUCUGUCAUCGGUGUAAUGCUUAAGAAAAAAAAAACUGCUUUACUGUACCGAAGUCGUAUUUAACCUUUUUUUUUAUGUUUUGGAGUUCUCUCAUCAUGGAAAGCACAGAUAUUAACGGUAACGAGGUUACAUGUCAGUAUAAGUGGUGUCCACAGAGACCCUUUUAAAGGACUGCUCAGGAUCCGAGAUUAUCAGGAAGCAGUAGGACACUUGAGGGACGAGCAUCCACGUAAAGGAGCGCGAAGUCAGCCUUAGUGACGAUCAGGUACACGCAUUGUUCUUCCUUCUUCAGCGAACACGGAGGUAUUACUGUACAGUUACUGGAGAUGUAUUGUGCGUCCUUAACUCUUACAGGAUCUUGGCAGAAAAAUGUUAAAUAAGGGUUAUUUUUUAAAUGCCAAUGUACAAGACUUGCUUAAAAUGUAUUUAAAAAUGCCAUUAUUUUAUCAAAUGUAAACUAGUAUUAGUGUCUUCAUGUAAGAUAAUUCUUGUGUAUAUUUUUUUUAAUAACUAUAUAUAUUUUUUCUGUCUCAGCAUGUAUGUGUUUAGUGUCAACCACUCUGGUUCACGAGCAAGGAGGGUCUGCCCACGUGCAAUAACUGUUUGUAUUUUUCUGUGUAUAAUUAUUAUUAUUAUAAUUAUAAUUUUUUGGGGGGGAAAUACUUUAAUUUAUGUAAAAUAAAGAGAGAAAUAAAUUAC